AUGUUUUGGGACUUUCUUUCGCUUUCUCCAGAAACCCUCCACCAAACCACCAUUCUCUUUUCCGACAGAGGCACUCCCGACGGCUACCGACACAUGCACGGCUACUCCUCCCACGCCUUCAAACUCGUCAACAGCGAAGGAGUUGUGCACUACGCGAAGUUCCACUUGAAGACCAACCAGAAGAUAAAAAACCUUUCACGACAAAGGGCGCAGCAGCUCGCCGGAGAAGAUCCAGAUUAUGCAACAAGAGAUCUUUUUAAUGCAAUUCAAAGUGGAAACUUUCCUUCCUGGACUCUCUACAUUCAGGUGAUGCCGGUGGCCGAAGCUCCCAAGUACAAGUACAACGUGUUGGACGUGACGAAGGUGCUGCCGCAAAAGGACUUCCCGCUGCUGCCGGUGGGGCAGCUGACUUUGACGAAAAAUCCAAAAAACUAUUUCCAAGAAGUUGAACAAGUUGCUUUUUCUCCCGGGAAUUUAAUCCCAGGAAUCGAGCCUUCCGAGGACAAGCUGCUGCAGGGGCGCCUCUUCGCCUACCCGGACACCCAGCGCCACAGGCUCGGCCCAAACUUCGACCAGAUCCCCGUGAAUAGGCCGCGGUGCCCCCUGAGGGCCAUCCACAUCCGAGAUGGGCCCAUGUGUGUUAAUGGCAAUUAUGGGGCCCUCCCGAAUUAUGAGCCCAACAGCAUUCCGGGGGCCCCCAAGGAGGCCCCCCAGUUCAAACCCUCGCAAACCCCUCUUUCAGGGUUUACGGGACACUUCCCGAACUCCCACCCCAACGACGACUUCGAACAGGCGGGAAUUCUCUACCGAGAUGUAAUGACACCCGAAGACCGCGAGGCUCUCAUUGGCAACAUUGUGGACCAUUUGAAACACGCCGACAGACAUAGCGCCAAGUGA